CCCUGUGCCGCGUGGCCUGGUGUGUGUGGUCUAACAGUCAUGUCUAUUUACAGUGGAAGGGAUCCCCGCCUGACAGCAAGGCUAGCCCUGGGUCGGAAUCAGAGAUGUUGUUACACCGGCUCUGUCAUUUGAUUGCACAUCUCGCAACUGCAUUCGUAUAUCUGCGGUGGAAUGAUCUGCUUGAUGCAGUCAUGACAAUGACUUUCCGGUGCCUCACGAACUCAAGAGAGGCUGUGGUGCGAAGCAGCUUGAAGCUCCAUGCUGUCAUGCUGAUGUGUUUGGCGCUGGCUCUCUGCUUCAAGUCCGUCUCCGCCAGCACCGCGCAAGCACUUCUACGGACGGACCUACAACCGCUCAAGUUCGACGAUAUCAAGACUCCAGCUGGCUUCGCCGACAUCAAGACGCCAUACAAUGACUUCCUCUUCGAAGGCUUCUUCGCUUUCAACCCAGCACAUCCUAGGUUCGAGGGCAGAAUAUCCAGCCACGACUUGAAUUGCGCGGUCUCUAAGCCGAACGCUUUGUAUGGCACAAGGGAUAAUUUCGAUGUUGGACAGACUUCCUCGUUUGAAAGGAAGCCCCUGAUACGACCUGCAAACACGAGCGACACGUUCACACUGCAUGCCCUCAAGAUCAAACCCUUGGAUGCGCCUCUGGGCUUGGUCACCGUCAAUCUGCAAGGCUACCGGUCUGCAGCUGACGGCCCCUUAGAAUGGAGUGUCGACUUUCCAGCCGGCUUUCAUGAUGUUCUUUACGUGCAGAUAGAAGACUUCAGCAAGCAAACUUGGAAUAGGCUUAAGUCGGUCGAGCUCUGGGCUGACUUCCACCACGACGAUGUCGCUAUGGAUUGGGAGUUCUGCGUGGAUGAUAUAAGUGUAGAGCUUGCCAUAGAAUGAACUCGUGUCUCUUCUGCAGGUACGAAUGGUGGCCAUUUUCUCAUAGCUCCUACUUUCCAAAGUAGUACCAGCACUAUGAGGCUCUUCGUCUGUAGCCAGGUACUAAUUGUCCGUGAUUCGCUCGGUGAUAUGUAUCCGGACUGUUGUGUCUCUUGCCUAAACCGAAUUAAGGCCAGCUUGUUUACUCCGCAAAUUUCAUCACGAUGGGCCUCAUAAUGACGUCGAUAGGGUCGUCCCUAUGAAAAAAGGUCUCGUGCGAAGUU